AUGUCCCGUUUCGCUCUGUUGGCCAGAGGUUCGACUGCAAUCGUUACUCCGUCCUUCAUCCGACUGGCUCCACGGUGGCCGUACUCCCUUUCGUCCCACCGAGUGCGAAAGUUUACGAUGUUUAAUCAAGCAGUUCGCAAUCACACAGCUCCCGCAAGACCUCUUUUGCCAAAGGCUGCUCCUCUAAACAGAGCUACCCCGGUUUCUUCCAGUCAGCAGGCUGGGUUCAAACGAAAGUUGGAUGCUGUCCAGUCCACUCCAUCGGACACUCCGUUAGCGGUACUUCAUAGCAACGUGUACUUCGAUGAGAACGAUUUCGACGACGAUAUAGACCUAGACGAGCCUACCAGCUUUUCGUCAAACCUUGUUCAAUCACAAUCGUUCGCUUCUUCACGUCUUCAACCCCCGGAACUCCCUCCUCCCCUCGAGCAGCCAGCACCGCCAAGUGAUAAUGUUGCUCCUCCAAGUACCAUUCCGCUUCCGUGGUCAUCUUCGCCUCCUGCAAAUUUACUUCCUCCAGCAAAGCGGCGUGCUUUACCAUCGCAGGUAGAUGCAAUAAAGUCUGAAACCGAGCGUGGACCCCGAAUCAAACCGGAACCAAAAACUGUUCCCCGUACUCCAGCUUCUAAUAAAAGAUCAUCCCUACCGUGGGAUAAGACUAUGAGCACAGUGAAGGAGCAGCAGAAGGAGUUACGAAAACAACAAAAGACACGUAUUAGCUCCGAAAAAAACUCAACUCACGUUGGCACAAGGGCACCAAAAGUCGCAUCUAUUUUUCUUAGUGAAGAACAGAAAAGAGUAGUGGAAGCUAUCGUUAAGGAUGGCAAGAGUAUAUUUUUUACAGGUUCAGCUGGUACUGGCAAAUCCGUUCUCAUGAGAGAAAUCAUCAAAAAAUUGCGAGAAAAAUAUAAAAAAGAACCUGACCGUAUUGCUGUCACCGCUUCAACUGGGCUUGCUGCGUGUAACAUUGAAGGCGUUACACUUCAUAGUUUUGCUGGGAUAGGAUUAGGAAAGGGACCUGUAGCGGACCUGGUUAAAAAGGUCAAGCAAAACCAGAAAAAUAGGACCCGAUGGUUGAGGACUAAGGUUCUUAUCAUUGAUGAAAUUUCGAUGGUUGACGGUGAUUUGUUUGACAAACUUGAAGAGAUUGCUCGCAAGAUCAGGAAUAACGGCCGCCCAUUCGGAGGCAUUCAGUUGGUCGUUACGGGUGACUUCUUUCAAUUACCCCCCGUGCCAGAUUCAACCCAAGUUGCGAAGUUUGCUUUUUCAGCUUCCACUUGGAACACCACCAUCCAGCACACAAUUCUUUUGACCCACGUUUUUCGGCAAAAAGAUCCUAAAUUCGCUGGUAUGCUGAAUGAGAUGAGAUUGGGGAAAUUGAGCCCAGAGACAAUUGCGGCCUUCAAACAGUUAUCUCGCCCCCUGAAUUUCCACGAUGCACUUGAAGCAACGGAACUAUUUCCCACCCGAUCAGAGGUUGAAAACGCGAACUCUGCGAGAAUGGCCAGGCUCUCUGGUGAGACAAUGGUGUUCACGGCCGUCGACGGCGGAACGAUGCAAAACGAAGCGCAGCGUUCACAACUCCUUGCCGACUGUGUCGCACCCACAAUUCAGCUCAAAAAGGGAGCUCAGGUGAUGCUUAUAAAGAACAUGGAUGAAUCCCUUGUCAACGGGUCAUUGGGGAAAGUGGUUGCCUUCAUGGAUGAAGCUAGGUUUGAUUAUUACACUAAAAACGAUGAAGAUUUUGCGGGUGAUCCGAGCCAUGAUGACCGCAAAUCUCAGGCAAUCAACAAGGUGAGAUCUUAUGAGAAUAAAAUCGGGACUGUCAGCACCAAUGGCAAAUGGCCGGUUGUUUGCUUUGUCCAACCAGAUGGAACGGAGAGACACCUCCUUUGCCAGCCAGAGACAUGGAAAAUUGAACUGCCCAAUGGUGAAGUGAGAGCGCAACGAACGCAGGUUCCGCUUAUACUUGCAUGGGCGCUCUCCAUUCAUAAGGCACAAGGUCAGACUUUACAGCGAGUUAAAGUUGACCUUGGACGGGUUUUCGAGAAGGGACAAGCUUAUGUUGCUCUUAGUCGUGCGACAUCUCAGGCUGGCUUGCAGGUUUCGCGCUUUGACCCACGUCGAGUUAUGGUUCACCCAAAAGUCUUAGAAUUUUAUUCGAAUUUAUCCACCAUACAUAACAUUAAGGACGCGGCCAAUUCCAAAGCGAAUAUCCUUGUGGAUGGAAAUAACAGCGCCAAUGUCGACACCAGCACCCGUACCAACGCAGAUAUCGACACCAAUGCCAAACCAGGCAAGGACCAAUCUAAGAUUGCCAAGCGGCUUUCUACGGAUUUCUCGGAUGAUUUCGACGACGAUGUGCUCGAGCACGUAUAUGCAUGA